AUGGACAAGGAAGAAAAAUCUAGAUAUCUGUUUCUGGUCUCAACUCCCCACCAGCGCGAUCGAAGUUCCUUGAAGAAAGAUCAAGCUGCCGCCAGAGCCCACGCAGCUAAAAUCUCUCACCCAUCCGCUCGGGCACAACCCGUCCCAGAACAACAGCUACCAGGGCACCAGGUCGCUGAUCUGAAGAGUCUAGCCGAGGACUCGGUGGCUUCCAGCGAUGGUGAACAUGAUCAACAGCAUCUAACGGGAGCUUCUGUUUCUGUCCCGAGAGACAAGCCAGGUACCUCUUCGACUUCGAAAGCACAAACUUUCUUCACCAAGAGCAAAUCACGACCUAGAAAAGCCCCGCCUCAAUCUCGACCUCCACGCUUUUCGGGUCAGACGGCCGGUAGAUCUCGAGAAAUCAAACAGAAUCCUGGAGCUGCGAGACCAUGUCCUCCAGCUCUGGGCGUCGACCCGCUAUAUUGGCUCCCAUACGAGAAAGAUGAAGACGCAUACCAGGCUGUGGAUUACUUCUCGAAUAUUGCCGCGCCUGCGCUUUAUCCACUCUACGAAAUAUUCAACAUCACCAGUGUCUAUACUUCCCUGUUCCUCGAGUGCAUCACCGAAUGCGAAAGCUUUUAUCAUGCAGGUAUUGCGAGACUGCGCGUCACUGCGGAGCUGUUGAGGAAUCCUGGAAGCAAGCCUGCCUCGUCAGUUCUGUUACACCAAGCAAAAGCAAUUUCCCACCUUCGGCAUGAGAUUGACCAAGCAACACAACCGACCAAUAUGAUGCUGGCUACCAUCCUAUUUCUCAUUGCCAUCGACAUUGCAAUUGGCCAGCACAAUUCAGCAGACAUGCAUCGAGUUAACCUUGCCCGGUUAGUAGGGGCUCGAGGAGGAUUGGAUGCCCUUGGCCGCGAUGGGUUCGAGAAGGCGGCAUUUAUGCAAUUCGAUAACAUAUAUGCUCUCGAGCGAGGUUCGAGUGUCCUCGUAACUUUACAGCGCUACCGUCCAAAAUACCCUCCGGAUCCCCCUUCACCGAGGCUUACACAGAUCAUCAACUCUUUCCCAGAUGGCUUCCGGUGCCUGGCCUUUCAUCGCCUACUGCCUCUCGACAUGAUCGAGUUACUCUUUCGCAUAGCCACCACCGUUGGUCGUUGUGCCGGCCGCACCACCUAUGUGCCUUUCGAUACAGCUGAAAAUAGUUUCCGUUACACGCGCCGCAAAUAUGAUUCUUUUAGCGACGCUUGCCCCUGGCUUUUCGCACCCGAGGAUAAGGUGCACCCCUUGCUCAAGCCUUUGACAAUGGCUCUGGUUCUCUGGUGCAGCAAUGCAUACUCCGAGAUCCGCGCCUCUACGGUGGUAUACGCUGGCUUUCUCCGCGCUCUCACGAUGCGGCUGCUGCGGGCACCCAUCGUGCCGAAGCCACCUAUAAGUCCGCAAGUAGAUGUGGGGAAGGUUCCUGACGAAGAGGAUUGCCUGUUGUGGAUUUGGAUGGUGACGUUGGAUUCCUGGCGGCCAGAUGGUGCCAAGUCGCUGCAUCCUUUUGGAGAGCAUCCGUCGGCUCGAGCCGAUCCUCAAGCGCAACUUCGAGAAGCUAUUGCAGAAACUGGCGGAAUUCAAGGGUUCGGCCAAACCCUCAAUGUCAACCUGCCAUUCAGCGCCUUCACCAGCGACAUUAUCACCGAGUAUUGCUUGGGCAAAUCUCAUAAUUCGCUCGACAAGCCGGGCUUCAAUGAGAAAUUCAUCGUAAUGAUGGCUAGCGUGCACGACAUGAGUGCCGCGGCCAAGCAAUUCAACUUUAUGGUUCUGGUCGAUAUGCUCCCGGACUCGUUCGUCGACAGGCAGGACGCGGGGAUGGCGGCUUUCAUCCAGUUCAGAAGGGCGAGCUUCUACAAUUGA